CUACUGUUCAUCGUCUUCGUCAUCAACAUCGAAUCUAAACGUACCUAAAAAUCCUUAACCCUAACUUCUUUCUUUUGAUCAUUCAUCAAAGAACUCGAGUUUUCUUUAAACAAAGUUUAAUCCAUCAUGUCUUGAUUACAGUUUUUUUUCUUCUUUUAAUCUUGUUUAGAUUUGAACUUGUAAUAAUUGUAUAGAUGAAAUAGGAGAAAAAAAAGAAUUGUAUAUUAUUUUAUUCAUUUUGUUCUUUGUAAAUUUGUUUCAUUAUUUGGGUUUUUCUUUUAGGAGAAAGAAACCAAAAUUUUCUUGUUUCUGAACCUGUGUUUUUUUAAAGGUUUUUGAUUGAUAAGUUUAAAUAAAAAGACGGAAAUCUUAAAAAAAGGUUCUAUUUUUGUAAAUUUUCUUUUUUUGGGGGAUAAUUUAGAGAGGGAAAAAUAAUGGAGAAAUUGGUUAGUUGAAUUUAUAAAUUUGGGCUGUUUCUUGCUUGAGGCUGAACGAAACGGCCUGUGGUUAUGAUUGGAGAACACUUUGGAUCACUACACUUAUUAUACAUUUCUGGUGCUGAGUUGUUUCAUUUUGGGUCAUGGGGAUGAGGAAUGAUGGGGCUAAAUCACAGAAACCUGUUAAUGGGUUCUUACCAACUUCCUUUAGGACUUUAUCUGGUUACUUGAGAACUGUUUCUUCUGGUGCUUCAAGUGUUGCCUCCAGUGUUAGGUCUGCUGGAGCAUCCGUUGCUUACUCACUUGUGGAUAAAGAUGGUGGGGAUGCCAAUUGUGAUCAGGUGCUCUGGGCUGGGUUUGACAAGUUAGAGUGUGAAGGUGAUAACGUUCGUCGAGUCCUUUUGCUGGGAUAUCAAUCUGGUUUUCAAGUUUGGGAUGUCGAGGAGGCAGAUAAUGUGCGUGAAUUAGCAUCUAGAUUUGACGGCCCUGUUUCUUUUUUGCAAAUGCAACCAAAACCCAAAGCAUCAAAGACUUCAGAAGACAAGUUUACAGAUCUUCGCCCAUUGCUAGUGGUUGUUGGUGAUGGAUCUUCUUCUGGAGGUGGUAAUGUACAAGAUGGAUUGGGUCCUUCGUACAAUGGAAAUUUCAACGGCUCCGAUGAGAACGGAAGCGGCAACUUUCUUCCUUCCGUUGUUCGAUUUUAUUCUCUAGCCUCACAAUCAUAUGUACAUAUCUUGAAGUUCAGAACAGCUGUUUACAGUUUAAGGUGCAGUCCCCGAGUUGUCGCUAUUUCUCAAGAAACUCAGAUACACUGUUUUGACGCCAGUACACUAGAGAGAGGGUACACUAUUCUUACUUAUCCAAUAGUUUCGAGUUGUCUUGGUCCUGGAGGCAUAGGCUAUGGACCACUUGCAGUUGGUCCCAGAUGGAUAGCUUAUAGUGGAUAUCCGGUUGAAGGUUCAGAUACUGGUCGUGUCAGUCCGCAACAUCUGGCUCAUUCUGGGAGUCUCUCUGGAUCUCCGUCUAAUGGCAGUUUGGUUGCUCACUAUGCGAAAGAGUCAAGCAAACAACUUGCUGCUGGUAUAGCUACUUUAGGAGAUAUUGGGUAUAAAAAGCUCUCUAGGUACUGCUCGGAGUUCUUGCCCGAUAAUUCUCCAAAACCAGGGACUUCUAAUUGGAGAAUCAAUGGCGACCUAAAUGGGCAUUCACUUGACGAAGAUAGUGCGGGAAUGGUCAUUGUAAGAGACAUUGUACGAAAAUCAGUUAUUGUUCAGUUCAGGGCACAUAAAAGUCCUAUAUCAGCUCUGUGCUUUGAUCCUAGUGGGACCUUAUUGGUGACGGCUUCAGUCCAGGGUCAUAACAUUAAUGUUUUCAGAAUUAUGCCUUCAUGCCCUGGAAGUUCUUCGGGAUCUGAUUCUGGCCAGACGUGCGUGCAUCUUUACAGGCUUCAGCGUGGCUUCACUAAUGCGGUUAUACAAGACAUAAGUUUCAGUGAGGACAGCCGUUGGAUUAUGAUAAGUUCCUCCAGGGGUACAAGUCAUUUGUUUGCAGUAUCACCUUCAGGAGGAACCGUACAACUUCAUCUUGAUGAUGGUAAUUUAACUAAUGGAAAUAAUGGAUUUAGUGCGUCAACGAAGCAAAUGGUUAGGUCUAGUACGAUCACACCAAAACUUAAUCAACAGAGCCUUUGUGCAGCUGGUCCUCCCGUUACUUUGUCUGUUGUUAGCAGAAUAAAGAAUGGAAACAAUGGCUGGAUCGGCACUGUAAGCGGUGCUGCUGCUGCUGCUACAGGCCGAGUUGGUUCACUUUCUGGUGCUAUUGCUUCUACCUUCCACAACUGUAAACGAAGUAAUGUGUAUGCAGAAAGCGGCUCGUUCAGAAUGAAGUACCAUCUUCUGGUGUUCUCUCCUGGCUCCAUGGUACAGUAUGCAUUGCGUCCAUCAUCUGGACCAGAUUCCAGAAUAGGAUUUUCUGAAGUGUCCUCAGCUUCAUUUGAAUCAUCUCCAGAUAGUGAUGGAAGAUUAGUUGUUGAAGCACUGCAGAAGUGGGAUAUCCGUCGGAGGCGUAACAGAAGAGACAGAGAAGAUAACAUUGACAUUUUUGGUGAGCAUGGUAAUGGGGAUAGCAAUAAAGUGUUUCCUGAAGGGAUGAUAAGAGGGGCUAGUAAUCGCAUUACUAAGGGUGCUGUCACUAAAGGGAAGAUCAGUGCUGAAGAUAGUCAUCAUUUGUAUAUUUCUGAAGCUGAACUGCAGAUGCAUCAAUCUUCUGUUCCGUUAUGGGCUAGACCUGAGAUGUACUUUCACAUGAUAAUGAAGGACGGCAUCUGCACGAAAGAUGAAAAAGCUUUAGGAGGGGAGACUGAAAUUGAAAAUAUUCCAACUCGUAUGGUUGCAGCAAGAACGAAAGAUUUGAUACCUGUCUAUGACCAUCUCCAGACUCAGAAACUGUCACAUUCGAGACCUGCUAUUGAGAACAGCCUUAGUGGACCACAUGCACAACAGAAGUCUUCCGUGGUCGACAAUGGGAAGCUUUCAUUUAGUUGCAGCUAUAGCUCUCCUGACUGUAUGUCCGAAGGUGGUGCUGCUUGCUUGGCUGAAAUUCAAAGUGGCAUUGAAGAAGCUAGUGUGAGCAGUCUUCCAAUGCCAAAACUGUCAUCUGAGGAGGGGCCUGUGAAUAGGGAUGCCGCCCGUAAACUGAAAACUCAACCCAAUCUUGUAAAUAAUAGACAGAACCGGAAAAAGAAUACCCAUCUUGACUCUGUAAAUAUUAACCAGAAGAACCUGAAGAUGGAGAAUCAGUCUGAAGAUGUUGAUCAUCAGUUGAAUUAAGUGGAACUUGUUCUUUACCUUAGCAAGUAAAAAAAGGUAAUUUGAGGCUUGGUUUUCAACUUUGUGAUUUCGUGUUCUUUCUCUUCAGGCGUGCAAAACUAUUAACUUCAUUCUAUUUAAGGAGAGGCGUAUUAACAGCUGCUAGUACUUGUGGUUGGUUAAAUAGAGAGAUUAGGUGAAGAAAAACAUAAGAGAGGUUUACUUUGAAAUGGGAAGUCUCAGUGGUAAGAUUAUCUGGCUGUGGUUUGGGGGUGGGAAAGGGAGUUUCUUGUGUUGUUUAUCCUUUAUCAGAUUGUAAAUAACAGUGUUCAUGACUGUAUGUAUUUCUAAUAAAUGAAGCUGUAAUAUGUAAAUGUUAGCAGCAAAACAUUUAUUAUAUUUUGUGCUCUUGUUACA